AUUGGACUACGAGAAGAUUUUACGCAAGAUGGGACUACAGAUCUUAAGGGGAGACCGGUGUUGAGACCGGUAACGGGGAGAUGGAAAGCUUGUUAUUUCAUGCUUGGCUAUGAAGUAUGUGAACGGAUGGCGUACUACGGAAUAGCAACGAAUCUCGUGUUGUACUUGACGAGGGAGAUGAAGGAAGGCACGGUGAAAUCAUCGAAUAGUGUCACGAAUUGGGUCGGAACCGUUUGGAUUACUCCGAUUUUAGGAGCUUAUAUUGCGGACACGUAUCUUGGUCGAUACUGGACUUUCAUGGUUGCUUCCAUCGUUUAUCUUCUUGGAAUGUUCUUAUUGACCCUCGUGGUUACGAUACCAUCAUUAAAACCGCCAUCUUGUGGUAAAAAUGUAAGUUACCUAGAUUGCAAUAAACAACCGUCGUCUUUCCAAAUCGGUAUCUUUUAUUGUGCCUUGUACAUUAUCGCGCUCRGAACCGGUGGAACGAAACCAAACAUCUCGACAAUGGGUGCGGACCAGUUUGACGAUUUCGAUCUGAAAGAACGAGCCCAAAAACUAACCUUCUUUAACUGGUGGAUGUUUAGCAUCUAUUUCGGAACCCUCUUUUCGAGCACUUUUCUCGUGUACAUACAAGAUAAUGUCGGAUGGGGUAUUGGGUACGGGAUUCCGACGACGGUUUUGGUGGUUUCGUUGAUCGUUUUUAUAGUCGGAACGCCAAGAUACCGCCAUAAGCCACCGUCUGGGAGCCCGUUUACGAGGAUGACGAAGGUUUUGGUCGCUACGGCACGAAACUGGAAUGCGGUUGUGCCCGAGGACCCGAAAAAGCUUUACGAAUYGAGCCCGGAUGAGUACGCCAUCCCCGGGAAGUAUAGAAUCGGCCAUUCGACUUCAUUAAGGUUUCUUGAUCGAGCUGCGGUGAAGACCGAAGAAUCUGUUUCGGAAUGGAAACUGUGUCCGGUGACCCAAAUCGAGCAGACAAAGCAAAUGGUGAAAAUGGUUCCGAUCCUGAUGGCAACGUUCAUACCGAGCACCCUGAUCGCGCAAACGCACACCCUUUUCAUCAAGCAGGGCACGACGUUGGUUCGRUCGAUGGGUUCGCAGUUCGAGAUCCCGCCUGCUUGUCUUUCAGUUUUCGUCACAAUCUUUUUGCUAAUAAGCAUCAUACUCUACGAUCGCUUUUUCGUUCCCGCCAUCCGAAAGUACACCAAGAACCCGAGAGGCAUCACGUUACUACAACGAAUGGCGAUCGGGAUGAUUCUCCAUGUUGUUAUCAUGAUCAUCGCUAGCGCGGUCGAAAGAAAACGACUUAGUGUYGCUAAAUCUCACGGGAUCCUAGGAAAUGACCAAAUCGUCCCUCUCAGCAUCUUCAUCCUCCUUCCGCAGUUCGCGUUGAUGGGGGUUGCCGAUAACUUCUUAGAAGUCGCAAAACUCGAGUUUUUCUACGAUCAAGCGCCUGAAGGGAUGAAAAGUCUMGGGACGGCUUAUUGGACGACAGGAAUAGGGGUUGGGUAUUUCCUUAGCAGCUUCAUUUUAUCGACCGUGGCUAAUGUAACAAAAAAGAACGGACACAAAGGUUGGAUUCUAGACGAUUUAAACGACUCCCGUUUGGAUUACUACUAUGCGUUUUACGCGAUUUUGAGUGUCGUGAACUUGCUCUUCUUCCUUGUGGCCGCGAAAUAUUUCGUUUACAACACAGAAGUGAACGUGUCUGAGAACGAGUUGCAAGAAGACAUCGUAAAGUUUACCGAAAAAGGAUACAUCGUCAGUUGA